AUGUCGGACUUCGAGGAUGACAUGGAAGUGGACGCUCCCGCGGCCAAAGAUCCUGCCAUCCAAUUCAGUUCAGACAACACAGCAACCAAGGGCAAACGGAUAGCAGCAGAUCUUCCAGUAGAGGCAGAGGAUAAUCUACCAUGGGUUGAGAAAUACCGGCCGAAUACUCUUGAAGAUGUCUCUGGCCACCAAGACAUCAUAGCGACCAUCAAUCGCUUUGUCGGCCAAAAUCGAUUACCUCAUCUCCUUCUUUACGGGCCUCCGGGUACGGGGAAAACCUCGACGAUCCUCGCUCUUGCCAGACAAAUCUAUGGAGCCAAAAACAUGCGGCAGAUGGUGCUGGAGCUGAACGCGUCGGACGACCGUGGCAUCGAUGUCGUACGAGAGCAGAUUAAGACGUUUGCAUCAACCAGACAGAUAUUCUCUACUGUGUCUGCAACCCCAACGAAAUCUGGUCUGGGCGCUUUCAAGCUGAUCAUUCUUGACGAGGCAGAUGCCAUGACUUCAGCGGCGCAAAUGGCUCUGCGGAGGAUAAUGGAGAAGUAUACCGCCAACACCCGAUUCUGCAUCAUCGCCAACUACACACAUAAACUCACGCCUGCCUUACUAUCAAGAUGUACAAGAUUUCGAUUCUCUCCUCUGAAAGAGAACGACAUUCGAAGACUGGUCACGCAUGUCGUAGCUGCUGAGGCCAUCAAUAUUCAGCCAGAAGCCGUUGACUCGCUGGUCAAGCUGUCCAAGGGUGACAUGAGACGGGCGUUGAACGUACUACAAGCCUGCCAUGCUGGAUCUAGACCAUUGCCGAUCCGAGGUCAACCCCGUCCGAAAGAGUCUGACAUCAAAUACGAGCUCAUCACGGUUGACACAAUCUACAACUGCAUUGCGGCACCGAAUCCCGAGGACAUUCGCCUAAUCAUGACCACACUGCUGAGCACACCCGACGUCACAUCAUGCUUGACGACCGUCAACGCAAUCAAGCAGAGCCGGGGUCUCGCACUUGCAGACAUUCUGCCGGACCUCGCAGACCAGCUGAACAAGCUGGAAGUCAGCACGGCGACCAGGGUGAAGUGGCUCGAAGGCCUUGCAGAGAUCGAGUACCGACUAGCAGGAGGUGGGAGCGAAGGCGUGCAGACGGGUGGCAUGAUUGGCGUCAUGCGCUCGGGCGUUGAGCUCAUGGGUGACAAGGGCGUCAGUGCCGAGAAGAUGGCCCUGGAUUGA